CGCACGCAUUAUUUUUUAGGUCGCAACCUUACUCGAACGAUGUUUCAUAGCAUGCUUUCGAGCACAACACACUCUAUGGGGCCCUGUACGACUUCAGACUCCCGUCGGGGGUACGAGCACUCUUGCCGCCGACAUAUUUAGGAACCAGGGUGCGGUAAGCAAGUAAGUGAGAGUGCAGCCAGACUAGUAAGCGAAGCGCUUUGCUUCGUGGCGUACAUAUGGAUGCCAUAUUAUCGGAAGUGAUCGACGUGUUUGGAGCUGCGGUUAAAACGCGCUUUGGAUUGGGGCCAUCUCUGCCUGGUACUGUCAUCUAUGAAGUAGCGGAAGGUAAUGCCAACCAUGGACCGGACAGUUUGCGGGGGCAGAGCGUUGAAGAUUCUACAUUAGCGGUGGCGGUGCAAAACCUAGAAGCUUCAGCGGAUUUCAAGAAGGCACAUGCGGAGGAUGCUGGGUUUUCGCUGCUACACUGCGCUGCCUUGUUGGGGCAAACGACGCUGGAGAAUGCCAGAAAGAUCGACGCAGACAAGGAAGGCGCCGUUAGGCCCCUGUUCGCAACGACAGCAAGGGGCUUGAUAUAUUUAUACAGUGGCAGCAUAAGGGAGAUCGAGGACAAGUACGGACGCCUCCCGUUGCAUUUGGCGGCCGCCUAUGGCAACGAGGAGAUGGUAGGGGUGCUGCUGGAUCCGUACCAAAUGAGGAGCCGUGGGGAACUAUGGCCUCACAUAAACCACCAAGACAAACAGGGAUUCACGGCCCUGCAUUACGCUGUGGAGCAAGGGUACCAUGACGUCGCCAUCAUGCUGCUGUGCAACGGAGCCGACCCACAGAAUUUGGACCUUGAGUCAAGGAACGCCUUCCAGAUGGCUCCCUCCCUGACUUCAAUGCAAGGGUUGCUGACAAAGGCCGUGGAUAGGGUCGUGGAAGUUACGGAGGAAGCAUCGAACACUAAACCUGUGCCGGUGCUCGCCAUUGUUCAGCUUAUGAUUGAGGUAACCAAGCGGCAGGAGCAGGAAGAGUACAGCAAUAAGGUUGCAGCUCCGGCGAACCUGGCUCCCGGAGAUCACACAGCAGAUGUGGUGAGCCCGGCUCCUGCAGAAUAUGUCGGGGCUGCAGCUGUGGUGAAUUUGGCUCCUGCAGGAUAUACAGCGGCUGUACCUAAGGUGACGUCUCCAGUGCAUCCUGCUGGCAAGGAGGACAAGGAGGCACCUGCAGCAUCCCCACCCGAAGAAGCCCCACCUUUUGAGGCGGGCGAGGAGGUUGGAGACAGCAUCAAGCGCAUCUUCAAGAACCUGUACGACAAGAAAUACUUCUGUGAGCUCUGGAAAUACGUGCUGAAGGCGGUUAGAAGUGACAGUUAUAAGCUGACCGCUAUAAUGCUGGACCUCAUCUGCAAGGAGUACCCCAGGAUGCUGGUGCACGUAUCCGGGGCCUCCAUGACCCACCUCAUUUGCCACUUCCCCGACUUCUUCCACACACUGCUGUACAAGUUGCAGGACGUGUCGGUCCAGGACGUUGUUGGCUUCAUUAACUCCUUGACGAACGAUGUGGUCCAAGCGAAGUAUGAUACAAGUUGCCGCAUCUACCAGGAGCUGGUGGAGGGACUUCGAAAGGUGAACAAUAGGGUGGUAACUGCACUUUUCGAGAAUGCGCGCCAAGAUCUGCUCGACGACAUGGCAAGGCUCCCCCCCUUUGAGAACUUUGUCAUGCUCAUCGUGGACAAGCGGAAUGACAACGUGGACUUUACCAGUUCUGACCGUGAGCGGCUGCUGGUCAUGUUGCGACCUACCAUGGAGGUGGUGGUGGAUGAGGGGCAGUCGGAGUGGGAGUCAGGCAAUGGGCAGUCGGAGCCGGCAUCAGACGAAGGGCAGUCGGAGUGGGAGUCAGGCAAUGGGCAGUCGGAGCGGGAGUCAGGCAAUGGGCAGUCGGAGCCGGCGUCAGACGAGGGGCAGUUGGAGCCGGCGUCAGACGAAGGGCAGUCGGAGUGGGAGUCAGGCAAUGGGCAGUCGGAGCCGGCAUCAGGCAAUGGGCAGUCGGAGCCGGCAUCAGACGAGGGGCAGUUGGAGCCGGCGUCAGACGAAGGGCAGUCGGAGCGGGAGUCAGGCAAUGGGCAGUCGGAGCCGGCGUCAGACGAGGGGCAGUCGGAGCGGGCAACACACACGCUAGACGUGUCCCGGGUGCUCUGGGCAGCGGUGAAGGUGGGCAAGCAUACAAGUGCAGAGGCCACGGUUCGCAGCAUCACCAGCUGGGUAAAGAAUCGCAGAGCAGUGUUCAUCACGGGCAUCAGCACGGAGCUGCUCAAGGAGCUGUCCAGGCGCUUCCCGCUGGCCUGUGCCAAGCUGUUAAACCUGGUAGGCCGCGAACAUCUGGUACCACUGAAGGUGGACGAUGAUCUGCUGCAGCACAAGGACCAGCUGGUGAAGUGCAGCAGUGUUCGGAAUCACUUCACAUGGCGCGCGAUGUUCAUGGAAUUCCUGGAGACAGAGCACUUUUCCGAACACGUGGUGGACGCACUGGUGGACUACGGUGUUCCCUUCGAGUGCACCUACAAGGCGGCAUUCUAUGACAACGCCACGCGGGAGGAUUUCGCGGCGCUGAUCGAGGAGGGGUUCACGGGCGAGGAAAUCCGGGUGCUCAUCUCCGCUGACAUCGAGCUGCGGGUGGUGGUGGACAUCAUCCACGAGUGCAAGCGUUACAAAUGGGAACAUCCACCUGACGACGUUGAGCAAGAGUCUAUGGUGGACCCCAUGGCGGAUUUGAUUCGGGACAUGGUGCGGAACAGGUUGAGCUUCGAUAUUGUGCUGACCUUGUGGAAUCAUGGGAACAGGGCACUCACCGACUGUGACAGUCGCGGCUACUACUCUGCAGCCCAAGUGCAGAAGCUGCUCACUAAAUGGCGCAAAGGCAAGAAGAGUGGAGAAGACUGGUUGUUACGUCCCUGGGACAAGAAGUUCAUCGACACCGAAUUCUCCCAUAAAUACCCGCUGUGUACGGCACUCAAGUGGGCGUACAACAACAAGCUGAAGGACAAGCAGGUGUACAUUGAUAAGCGGAAUGAGGAGGCCUACUUGACACUGAUUAGGCUUCGGGACCAAAAGCGGCGGGUCCAGAAGCAGCGGCUGGUACUCAGUGCCUUCGUGUGUCAGCCCGUCCUGCUGCACCGCUGGCCUGUCUUCUUCCUCAUGCACCUCCUGCUCCAAUUCGAGCGCGUGUGGCUCUUCUUUAGGGUUGCCUUGGACCUCCUGCUGGACCUCCUGCUGGACCUCCUAUGGGACGUGAGGGAGAGGAUGCUGUUGCACAUGCAUCGGCUCCGCCUGUGUACUGCAUGGGUGGAAAGGGGACUGCGCAGCAUCUUCGUGUCCAGUUUUCUUCGCCUUGGAGCUAACUGGUGUAGGCCAAAAGGCGUGCCGGCCAUGGAUGCACGAGCGCUGGUGAUUCCCUGGAAGGGUAUAGCGAACAUUGGCGGCAUCCUGACGGCGCUGGUGGACGCGGACGUGCCGUCGCGCUGGUUUGGACUCGCCGUGGUCAAGGCAGUAGUCACCGUGCAGUGGCAGGAGUAUGGUCAGAUGCUGACGCUGGUGUCAGCACUCACCCACCUCAUUUUCAUGGCGCUGCACGGCGGAUUCCUGCUGGCGCUGCGGCAUGCGGGGGACGAGGAGGGGGGCCAGAUGGACAAGAUCCGCAAGCGGCCGGAGGUGGUGGCUCUGCUGAUCGUGUUGGGGCUCAUGAGCUUCGGAGGACUGCUGGAGGAGGUGUUGCAGGUCAUGCAGCUAACACUACGCACCUGGGGCAACUACCUGGGCAAUAUAGUGGACUUCAUCUCCUUCGCGCUCGUUUUCGUACUUCUCGGCAUGGUGUGCGCGUCGUACCGGUACGACGUCAUCCUGGCAGUUGGAGCGGUUGAGAUGCUGUUGCUGUUCAUCCGACUGGUGUUCUUCGCCUCCAUGACCGACUCCAUGGGCGGUUUGGUGCGCAUGGUUGUCUCGAUCAUCAAGGACAUGAAACAUUUCUUCAUCAUGCUCGGGAUGUUGUUCGGCGGCUUUGCUAUCGCAUUCUACGUGUUGCUGGGCCGCAACGACACACCAACACACACCAACAGCUACGAGAAAGUCGCGUUCAAGCUGUUCAGUGUGAUGCUGGGCGACUGGGAUUACGACUACCUGUACGACAUGAUUCAUGAUGAGGACCAUGAGUACAACUGGUACGCCUCCCGGCUGAGCGUGCUGUUGAUGAGCGUGUACGGCAUCUUAAUGCAGAUCGUGUUAGUGAACCUGCUGAUCGCCAUCAUGAACGACACUUUCGACCGGAUCAAGGAGACGGAAGAGGUUGAGGUGCUACACAACCGUGCGCGCCUUAUUGUGGAACAGGAGUCGCUGCUUACACAGGAUAUGCGCAACAAGCUGCAGAAGCAGCUGCUGGGCGACUACCUGCACGUGCUGCUGCGGUCGGACGAUUCGUUCGAGAAGUUUAUGGACAGCUCAGAAACUGUGCAGGGCGACUGGAAGGGCCGCAUGCACGCGUUCUCAGAGAUCAUGAAGCACGAGCUGCGUGACGUGCGUGAGCUCCAGGAGCGCCAAGACAGCCAGUUCCGCGACAUUCGCUCCGAGCUGGAUUCCAUGCGACAGGAAAUGCGCAACACAGCGGCAGCAACGGCUGAGAUACUGGCCAGACUCCCGGUGGCCGCUGAAGCAAGCAAGUGAGGCCCAGCAGCAACAACCUCGACCCGGUGAUGUUGGUGCCGCCAACACAGGGUGACGGAGUUUGAGGCACAGAAAGUUAGGUGGGCCCCUGCUGGGCUGUGCUCAUAGCUUGUGUAUUGUGCAUGUCGUGCUGGGCAAAGGCUGCCACCCCGUUGCUCUGCGUGCUUACGGGCCGGUUCGGGUACAUGGGGCGCGGGCUUGGGAUCGCCGUCUGGAAGGAUCGUUAUGGCAAGUUGGGCCUGCUUGGGUCUCCGAUGGUGCUGUGGCCGCAGUGCUUCAGUCCAAGCGGGUGGGUAUGGUGACCAUGUGAGCGACUGCUGCUGCCUGAUCAUCUUGGUGCGUGCAUGAAUGCCGGGGAAGAUAGGGUUAUCACUAGCGCUGACACUGUAUACUAGCAAAAAGACUGGAGGAGUACUGGAAGAACGGUUAGGAGUGCUGAAGGAACUCUUAGAAGUACUGGAAAAACUGGUAGGUGCACUGGAGGGGUGGGGCUAGAGUGUUUACAUGACCUGCACUCAUGCGGGCCGUGUCCUGCAGCAACCAACGGAUUGAGGCCUUCCUCAAGGCUUAUUAGCGGGCCUCGUUUUCGUGGGUUAAUGGGUUGGGGCCCUGAUAUACCUUCCCCAGCACGUCUUUACGUCUUUCGGAGUGGACACUGAGUGUGUCGCUUCUUGCUGCAGUGCAACAAUGGAGGUAUGUGUGUGUGUCGGACGGCGGCAAGCUGGUAUGGCAGGAACGAAGGCCAGCGUUUCUCGUAGUACUUGCCUGCAUACAUGGCCCGCAGCUCGGCGGGACUAGCUAUUGGAACAGGGGACAAGGUUUUGACGUCGCCUUGUAACCAGGGGCGGCAAACGCUUGCAGCCUAAGCAGGCAAGACUUACUUGCUAGACGUUGGUGGCGGUGCUGGUUGUAGCGGCCUUUAUGUGUUGGCGGGUAGCGGCCUUUGUGUUGGUGUCGGUGCUGCGGGUAGCUAGCGGUCUUGCGGUGUGCCGCCUAGGGGCGUCCAAUGGGUGUUAGAAGUAGGCAGGACUUAAUAUGAUUGCAGCGAGCAGGCUGUGGGCAUGAUAGAAUCCUGGUUGGGAUAAGUUGCUUACUAGUAAGUCCCGUUGCUUAAAUAGCAGACGCGAGGACCAGAAGGUGGGUAUAGGUAUCUGGCAUCCAGUUUCUUAACGUUUUGUGCUAGUGCGCGGCUAAUGCUGCCCAUUCUUGUGACCGCUAAUUGUUCAGGACUAGUACAAGUCCUCUAGUAUGGCACGCAGGGCCCGUAUGAGGAUGUGGGGGCUGCGCUUCUGUCCCCGCUUCUGUCCCCGGUGGUGUGCUGGCUUUGGAUGUAGCCUAUUAUUGUGGCACCCUAACAGUCUUCUACGGGGUUUGCAUUUGGUUAUAUUAGUGAUAUGCGUUUGAAAGCUAUGUAUUCGAAGUGCUUGCGGAAGCUAAAGUACGUGGCCGGAGCAAAUACUGGGGGAACUGGUGGGGGUGCCGAAGGGAAACACAGGUGGAAAACUGGUUGGGGUCUUCCCAUGUUGUGUGGUUCUGUUGUGCUGGAAUGGUGUGAUGAUAUCCUAAACCAGUAUUGCGUCCAUCCAAGGGACGUGCCUCCUCUAGUCUUCGCGUGUCUAGUAUCCUUGAGAGGAUAGGUUGGGGCCAUGUUAUGUCUUCUUCCUCCGUACGACGCCUUCACGUCUAUCCUAGUGGACACUGUGUGUGAUGAGGUUUCUGUUUUCGUGCAAUUGUAAAGGGAGUUGUAUGCAACGGCGACGGGUGGGAGUGGUCAGAAGCUGAGCGCUUCUCGUAGUAUCGCCCUAUUUCAGGUCGGCUGCAUGGCCGGCGAGUGUCUGGAAUUAGUUAAGGAAACAUCGGGUAAGUUUGUUAUCUGGACAUGGGUCCAGGGGCGCCAACGCUUUGCUGCUUAAGCAGGCAAAACGACUUGCUGGGCUGGGGGUGCCGCCGGGAGUGAUGGCCUUUGCAACGGUGUUCCGCCCAAGGGUGUUCAACUGGUGCCGGAUGUGAGCAGGAUUGGCCUUGAAUUUGAGUGAGCAGGCCGUAAGCCUAUAGUAUGCUGGUUCCGUUAACACGAAGUCCGUUGCUUUAGAUUGUAAACGCGUAUGUAUGUCAAAGUGUGGGUGGAGCUCGGGGACCCCUAUGCUUGCUAGGGGUGUCUGGCGUCCAUCUCUUUUCCAGUUGUUCAUGCUGCUAGUGUGUACAUGAUACUGUCCACCCCGGCAGCCGCUAGUAAACCAGCAGGACGAGUACAAGUCCACUGAAGCAUGAGGACGUGGUGCCUGUGCUUCUGUGCCCACCACACGGCUACGAUUAUCCUUGGCGGCGGGGGACCUAUCUAUCCUUAACCUGCGGUACACUGUCGAUGUGAACCUACUGUUGACGCCGACUGACCCUUUAAUCGUCCUGUUGAGGUUGUUUGAAGUUAUUCCGUAUGGCAGAUGGCGUGUGAAAAUGUCCAUGUGUGAACUGAUGGUCUUUUAUCGGGCCCCUAUCUGCUGCUACGCGCAAGUGUGCCCAGAAAAUCGCGUACCACCUGUAUGUAUGGUGGACCCACCACACAGUUGAUUCAUAUAUAGACCUGUCCCAUAACGGACAGUGCCCGAGGUCAGGGAACCUAGUGGCCCUAAGGGGAGUUUUGUUUUGACUCGCGCUGGGCGUCUAGACGCUGGAAGCAAGGCUGUGUUGUGCCCUCCUUACCAAACCGUGCGCAGCUGUGGCCGCCUAGUGUCUAACCGUGUGUUGUCUCAAGAUCUUUUAUAGUGCUGUCGUACGGUGCUGGCGUUUGAGGGCCUGUUGCGAUCCUCGAUGCAGCUAAGCAUUACUCAUGUGUUUUCAGGGUGCUGUGAUUGACCCUAUGCUGUGCAGCCAAUACACCACUUGCUACAGCUCUCUAAGGCAGCAGCUGUAUUGUACAGCGGUACGGACACCUGAGGGUGUGAGGCCGAAAGAGAGGGUGUCCAGGUGCGUGCGGCCACUGCUGUGGAGUGCAACCCGGUCGUUAUGUGCUGACGUUUCGUGCUAAAAAGGCUUGUUUUUUAUCAAUAAAGCCAGGAAUGUGGAAGCGGGUUCCUGCGCACGUGCCAUGUAACACUGGUGUCGUACAGCGGUAGGCGGCUCAGCCUCUUUCCGGCUCUGAGCGCAUUGUUUGGUUAAGUGCUGUCGUGUAAAUCAAGUCCGUAUGUUUAGAAGAACUGGUCCGUGUGUCCCUCUGCCGGGAUGUGGAUUCUACCGUAUCUAUCCACCCGCCCACCCUCUACGGGCCGGUAUUUCUAUGGCUGUUGAGUGCUGUAUUCCCCUUUCCUUGCGUAUGGAAUUUGUGGUGCAACAAAGUAAGACUGUCUUCACUGCCGGCCACUAAUUCAAUAAAGGGGGCGUUGACAAGGGAGGCGGGUUAGCAAAAACUGUCAUAAAAAAAUUAACGAGCGGUUAUGCAACGGUUGUUUUUGCAACGGACGCUCUAGCUAUGUACAAUUAUUCACAAUGAUUAGGCGGCGGUUGGUUGGCCUACUUCAUUCGGGUG